UGAUGUGGUAAUAGAAUUGUUUCACUAGCCUGUCUUCAUAUUCUGCAUCACUUUGUUUUCAUAAAUAUUCAUUUACAGGCCGGAAUCCUGGGAAAUCGGUGGCUGGGUGACUUCAGGUCUCCUUGCCUCAUCUGCAUCAUCUCUCCUAGAAUAGGAUUUACUGACAGUACUGCUUGUAUCCUGUGAGGUUGCACUAAUGUUGGUGACCAGAGAAAGAAUGAAGGAACUACCUAAAUGUGUUAUGAGGUGUCCUGGAGCAAGAAGAGAGGGAAGCAAAGAGACUGAAGAUAGGAGCUGGGAGAGAAAAAGAGGAGGUAUGGGAUUAUGGGACCUGGAAUGAGAUGGGCGAUGGGCGUGGAGUUCAGCAGCUGGGCCUUUAGAGGAAAUGAGGAGGCUGCACUAAGAGAGAUAGGACCCCUGGUUUGGAGCCAUAAAGAGGGCAGCGUCUCCAGGGUGGGGCCAGGUAAGUACUGGUUUCCUCUGUGGACUUUUGGUCAGCAGAUGGCAGGAGCAGCCUCCCCUGCCUGAUCCUAUCUCAGGAGGCUUCCUUCGUGGGACCUGGGAAUGGGGAGUGCCACCCAGAUUCCACUGGGUGAGUCACUGGCUAACCAGUCCUGCAGGUCCCUGAGGAUAUAAGAGCGGGAGGGAGCGGCCCAGCAGCAGUCUCCGGCAGCUUCCUACCCAGUCUGAUCGUUCAGAAUCCCGGCUCCUGGUCAGUAGCUGUAAGUACACUUUCCUCCACCCCACCAUGGCUAGGGGCUCAGAGUUAGCUCCUCUGCUGCUACUGCUGCUGCUGGCAGUGGUGACCCGCUUUUGCGUGGCACAGACGGACUGUAAGUGUCCCACCAACAAAAUGACCAUCUGCCGCUCUGAAAGCCCAGGUGGCGUCUGCCAAUGCCGGGCAAUUGGCUCACAGGUGUUGGUCAACUGUGCCACGCUGACUUCCAAGUGCCUGCUGCUUAAGGCGCGCAUGAGCGCCCAGAAGAGCGGCCGCACCCUGGUGAAGCCUAGCGAGCACGCGAUCGUAGACAACGAUGGCCUCUACGACCCAGAGUGCGACGACAAAGGUCACUUCAAGGCACGCCAGUGUAACCAGACUUCGGUGUGCUGGUGUGUAAACUCAGUGGGCGUGCGCCGCACGGACAAGGGCGACCUGAGCCUGCGCUGCGACGAACUGGUGCGCACCCACCACAUCCUCAUUGAAUUAAGCCACCGACCGACCAACCGAGCCUUCAACCACUCUGACUUGGACUCUGAGCUGCGGCGGCUCUUCAAGGAGCGCUACCAGCUGCGCCCCAACUUUCUGUCCGCAGUGCACUACGAGGAGCCCACCAUCCAGAUAGAGCUGCGGCAGAACGCGUCGCAGAAGAGCCAGGGAGACGUGGACAUCGCUGACGCCGCCUACUACUUCGAGAGGGACAUCAAAGGCGAGUCGCUUUUCACUGGUCUCCGCGGCCUGGAUGUGCAGGUGCGUGGGGAGCCCCUGCACGUGGAGCGGACUCUCAUCUACUACUUGGACGAGAAACCUCCCCAGUUCUCCAUGAAGCGCCUCACCGCUGGUCUCAUUGCUGUCAUUGUUGUGGUUGUGGUGGCGCUAGUGGCUGGCGUGGUCGUCUUGGUGAUCACCAACCGGAGAAAGUCAGGAAAGUACAGAAAGGUGGAGCUAAAGGAGCUGGGGGAGAUGAGAAGCGAACCUAGCUUGUAGAUGCCCAGCAGGUACUGGGCUACCGCAUCACCCCAGACGGAAUGGGCUGGCCUGUUGGUUGAUUCUUGGCCAGGAGGUAAUUUUCCUCCCAGCUCUGACCUCUUCCUUCUCUAUUCACAAACAAAUUCGCUAGAUGCUGAGUUCAGGUCACCUCCUUGCCUUUGGUCUUGAAGGAAGCAUUUCUGAAAUUCCUUGUUCCGUCAAUAGAAACCUGACCAGGGACUUAAGCAAAGGUGGCUUAGUUAAGAAGCAAGUGCCAGCCCGAAGUUGUUUCCCAGAGUCUUGAAUCCACCUAAAGAUUUAAAUCAGUUGAAAUGGGAAAGCAGUGCUUUUAUUGUCCUGGGUUGGUAUCUGUCUGCUCCUUGUCUUCCCGGAAAGAAGAGAAGUUCACUAAUUGAGCCUGUGCAGUGUUCUUCAUCCGCCGUCGUUUGUACCGGAAGAAAAGGCGUUUCCAAUAUCUGAAUACAUUUUAGAUGUCUCUGUUGGACUGUAUCUAUUCUUCUGCCUGCUCUUGAUAGAGCUGAUACUAGUAAUCUUCCCUUUGUAAAAUGUUUGUACAGAUGCGUCCUUGAUAAUGCUGCUGUUUUUUUUAAGCAACAACUCAAGUUUAAUAAAAUAUGGGAAAGGCAUAAACCUGAAGAUGGACUGUGUGAAAAUUCCCUCCAGAAUUAUAUCAUUUUGUUGGUUUCCUUUGUCUGAUGCUUGGGUUUUACAUUUUAAAUUCU